CGCCGCUAGCUGCCAGCAUUGCGGCUAGUUUUAGGCUAUCGAGACAUCUGUUGUGUGUGGACCACUGCCUGCCUUUGUUCACUGCGCCACGGUACGGAUUUUCGCUGUCCGGGGCGUCACGGUGCCCCCAAAAGCAUCAUGACGCUCCUGCGCGCUAUGACGCUGCUCUCGUGGGCCGGGAGCGCCGCCUACGCGCCGCCGACGAUUCAGAGGCUCCGGCCUCGCGGCCCGACGAUCCAGAGGCUCCGGCCUCGCGGCCCGCGCGUAGCAGACCGCCGACGCGUGCUACGCGCGGCAAAACGCAAAGCCGACGCGGUCGACCACGACGACUUCGACGACUCCUACGCGCUCAACGACAUCCGGACGAACGAGCUCCGCCUGCCGACGAUGGCCGAUCUAAUGAGGCGCACGGACGAAGAAUUGAGGGAGCGCCAGAAGGACACGUCCAAAAGGGAAGCGCUGCGGCAGAAGGCCGGCGAGUCCAUCGUCGACGGCUCCCGCGCGGUCCUCGAGCAGCUCGAGGACUUGGAGUCGCACAACCAUACGAUAUCAAACGAGUUCACGGUGGCCAUCGUCCUGGGCAAGGCGCUAAAGAACUCGCGGUUGUCGGUAGAACACGCCGCGCGCUGCUCGACCUUGGUAAGACAGAUGAAGGACGGCACGCUCAACCCAUCGAUGCUCAUGUUCACGGCGUCGGCGGCGUCCAUGGCGCCCGGCGCGGUGCGCGACGACGCCACCACAGCCUGCACGUACUUCCUCCACCUCUGCGAGUCCGAGGGCGUGGACGUGGACGCCGGGGCCAUCCACGUGACGCACACGCCCGUGACCACCCGAGACGGCAUGGGCAAAGUGCUGGAGGAGGCCAUCGUGCCGCGCCUGCCUUCCAAAAGUUCGUUGCACUGCGCCUUCUUCGCGUCCGACUAUCAAUUAACUAGACUGGAGCGCAUCGGCAGCGUGACGCCGCGCCUGUCGCUGUUUGCGCCGCUCGCCGCGCGGCGCGACGCGUACCUGAAGAAUUUGACGGCGGCUCCCACAACAUGGAGCCUGGUCAAGGUGUCGUACCCGCCGGGGUUGUUAACUUCCGGCGAGGACGGCGUCGCCGCGGCGUUCCUGGCGCAGCUGUACAUGAUCUUCGACAGCCUCGUCCCAUUGCUACACAAUUUCCACGCGAUCGUGCUGCACGAGGAGAUCCUGUGCAGGGAGUUUUACGACGAUUUGCUGGUCGCCAAGGACCACAUCGCCGAGCGGCUGCGGCUGGUCGACUCGCCGCUGCGGCCGAAGGCCCUGAGCCUGCGGACGACGGCGUCGACGGCGCCGGCGGACCUCGUGCGCCACGACCUCGAGACGCCGCUGGACGAGGCCCUCGAGCGGUGCGUGAAGAAUCUCGGGGACCUGGAACGGUUGGUGCGGCCCGCGGCGACGCGCCUGGACUUCCUGGACGACAAGGACUGGCGGACGGCGCGGGAAUUACUUUCAAGGACGAUCAACGCGGCGCGGGCCGCGACGGAUCCGGACCAGGCGCUGCCCUCGUCGGAGUGGGGCCGCUUGGUGGACCGCGACGCCGCCGACGAUUUAGAUCUGGCCGAGCUGCUCGCGCUGACGCGCGGCGAGGACUGGCGCGAGGACUCGGCCGACCCGCGGGACACGUCCUUGGUGGACACGGGGCCGCUCGUGCUGGACUACAAGACGAAGCGGGCGAAGACGAGUAGGUAGUAAUCGUGACCUAGAACCGUGACCGUGAC